AUGAUGCGACUAUAAGCCGGCUGGUUUUCUACCCUCUAAUCAUCCUAGCUUCGACGUUAUGGCUCUUCCAUCGAUAUCAGAAGAAAUCCCGGCUCUAUAUGCUGGGGAACAAACUCCCUGGGCCGAUAGCUCUACCACUUUUUGGAAAUGCUCUACUUGCUAUAGGGAAAAGGCCUGAUCAACUGGUGACCCUGGGCCUGCAAUACGGCAAGAAAUACGGUAAUGUUAUACGAGGCUGGCUGGGCUCCAAGCUCAUUAUCUUCUUGACCGACGCUGACGACGUCGAGGUUAUCCUCAAUAGCCAGGUUCACAUAGACAAGUCUUCAGAGUACCGGUUCUUCAAACCCUGGCUCGGAGAAGGUUUACUCAUCAGUGCAGGUGAAAAAUGGAGGUCGCACAGGAAGAUGAUAGCUCCAACCUUUCACAUCAACAUUCUCAAGUCGUUCAUUGGCAUUUUCAAUCAGAACAGCAGAAAUGUCGUUGAGAAGAUGCGGCAAGAGGUGGGAAAGACAUUCGAUGUUCAUGAUUACAUGAGCGGAGUUACGGUCGACAUUCUUUUGGAAACUGCAAUGGGCAUUACGAGGAAAACCCAAGAUGAAUCUGGUUUUGACUACGCUAUGGCUGUAAUGAAAAUGUGUGACAUAAUACAUCAGAGACACUACAAAUUCUGGUUGCGUUUCGACUCUAUUUUCAAAUUUACUUCGUUCUUCAAACAACAAAUCAAUCUUUUGAACAUUAUUCACGGUCUUACGAACAAGGUAAUUAAAAACAAAAAGGAAACGUAUAUACAGAACAAAGCCAGAGGUAUUAUUCCUCCAACCAUUGAUGAAUUGAUCCGACCAACUGUUGAAAAUAAUAACACUCUAGCUAAUGACAAUGCUACCCUUGCUGACACUGUCUUCAAGGGUUACCGUGAUGAUCUCGACUUCAAUGAUGAAAAUGACGUUGGUGAAAAGAAACGCCUUGCUUUCCUGGACUUGAUGCUAGAAUCAGCUCAAAAUGGGACAAACAAAAUUAGCGACCACGAGAUCAAAGAAGAAGUUGACACUAUUAUGUUUGAGGGACACGAUACUACGGCAGCUGGAUCAUCGUUCGUACUAUGCCUUCUUGGUGUUCACUCGAAUAUUCAAGUCAAGGUUUACGACGAAUUGUAUGAAAUCUUCGGUAACUCUGACAGACCUGUCACUUUUGCUGACACCCUUCGUAUGAAAUAUCUCGAGAGAGUGAUCUUGGAGUCUCUGAGGAUGUACCCACCAGUACCCGUUAUUGCUAGAAAGCUGAAAAGGGAUGUUAUGAUUUCCACAAAUAACUACGUUCUACCAGCCGGUUCAACUGUGGUCAUUGGCACUUUUAAAAUCCACCGCAACCCGCAGUAUUACAAGAACCCGGACGUUUUCGAUCCCGACAAUUUUCUACCUGAAAACACGCAAAACCGGCAUUAUUAUAGUUUCAUACCUUUUAGCGCUGGGCCCAGGAGUUGUGUUGGUCGCAAAUACGCUCUACUCAAAUUGAAAGUUCUGCUAGCAACUAUUUUGCGAAAUUUCAAAAUAGUAUCCGAAGUCCCUGAAGACCAAUUCAAAUUGAAAGCUGAUAUUAUUCUGAAACGCGCUGAUGGCUUCAGAAUCAGAAUGGAGCCGAGGGAAAGAGUGCCGUCUUCUAGUGCCUAAAUACCUUAUAUAUACAGUGUCACCUUACAUACGCUGGUAAACCGUUACUACUUGACAUGGUUAAUUUCGCGAUACUAUAUAUCUCUAAUCCAAGUAAGAUUUUUUUCCCACAUUACUUUUUAACAAUUUGUUCGAAUCCAGAAAUACUCUGCAGAAGAUUUUUAUGAUACCCAGUAAUGAACAAGUCGUGCGCCUGCUAAUAACAAUUUCAGUGCCACUUAGAGC